CAUCAAAGAUAACUCUUAUUUCGGGGAUUUCCCCCAAAUCUUCGAUCCGAGAUUUUUAGGGUUUCUGUUCCCCCAAUCUUCUCCGCGAUUCUUUGGGAUUUCCCAUUCUCUUCCCCCUUCUUAUUUUCAGCAACUCUAUCUCGUUUCUUUUCCUUUCCCAUUCUCUUUUCUUCCCCAUUCGAGAGGUUCGUUCACUCCAAGCCUAAAAGAAGCGAAGCCAAAGUGUGUUUUGCUGCAAAUUAGGAUUAGCUUGGUGGUUUUGCGGACUCUUGUGCGAUGGGGUUGUGAUCUUAAGGAAUUUGUGAGUGGUGAUAGUUUAUUGACCGAUGUUAUGAGGAAAAAAAGGAAAGGAACUGAGGCUGAUGCAUCCGCGGAUUUGCCUGUUAUUUUGCCUUCGAAUCAUGGCUCUGCUUCGUCCAAUUUGAAAUCCCAUUACUCUCUGGAAGAUUGUUCUCGGUUGAAGAAGAGGUGUAAAGAAGAUGCUGACACUGAGCCAGCUGCUUCCUAUAAAAGUAGGCUUGCUGGAAUUGCUACUGCUCCGCCUUGUGGGACGUCAUCUUUGAUCACGCCGGGAAGAGGUCUCAAGAGAAAGAUAGGUUGCAUUGAUGUCGCUACCCAGAUGGGCAGGAAGAAAAAGAUUGAGGAUGAUUAUGUAUCUGGUGAAACGAUUGGGCAAGGCAAGUUUGGAUCUGUUUGGUUGUGUCGGUCCAGGGUUAGUGGAGCAGAAUAUGCAUGUAAGACUCUGAGGAAGGGGGAAGAGACGGUUCAUCGAGAGGUUGAGAUAAUGCAACACUUGUCUGGACAUUCUGGGGUUGUGACUCUGCAAGCAGUUUAUGAAGAAGCUGAAUGCUUUCAUCUUGUGAUGGAGUUGUGCUCUGGGGGACGACUCAUUGAUCGAAUGUUUAAGGAUGGUCCAUAUUCAGAACAGCGGGCUGCUAAUAUACUCAAAGAAGUGAUGUUAGUCAUCAAGUAUUGUCAUGACAUGGGAGUUGUGCACAGAGAUAUCAAACCCGAAAAUAUUCUGCUUACUGCUUCUGGAAAAAUAAAGCUUGCAGAUUUUGGCUUGGCUAUGAGAAUUUCAGAAGGUCAGAACUUGACUGGUUUGGCUGGAAGCCCUGCCUAUGUUGCCCCAGAAGUAUUGUUAGGCAGAUACUCUGAGAAGGUUGAUAUAUGGAGUGCUGGAGUGCUCCUUCAUGCGCUGUUGGUUGGCAGUCUUCCAUUUCAAGGAGAUUCAUUAGAAGCUGUUUUUGAGGCUAUUAAGACUGUCAAAUUAAAUUUCCAAACUGGGAUGUGGGAAUCAAUAUCUAAACCUGCACGAGACCUUAUUGGGAGAAUGUUGACAAGGGAUAUUUCAGCAAGGAUAUCAGCUGACGAAGCACUUAGGCAUCCAUGGAUAUUGUUCUACACAGCGCAUUCAUUGACCAUGUUGCCCAUCAAAACAAAAUUGAAGAACCAAAUUGGUGCAGCAUGCCAACAACUUGUUGCUGCACCUGAACAAAGGUUGGGAGGAAACAUGAUAGGUAAUUGCUCACUUAGCGAGGUUUCAUCCUCUGAAAGUUGCAAUUCAGAUGAUCAAGAUGAUUGUGUGUUGAUUGAUGCACUUGCCACUGCAAUUUCACAUGUGAGGAUAUCCGAACCAAAGAGGAGCAGGUUGUGUGGUCCCGCAGGUCCUAUAGUUCAGCAAGGUUCAUCUAACAUGAAGGCUAACAACCUCUGUAAAGCAUUUUGACCUACUUACAGGCUGACACCACCUAUACCACUAUCUUAACUGUCCUAGCUGGGAUUGUAGAAUUUACUUUCCCCAGCACAUGACACGGUGGGCAAAAGUGGAUUUUACAUGCUGACAUCACAUUUUAGGUUGGCCUGGGUGCCACUUUUUCUCGAAGUACCUUGUUAGUCUUGCUUUAUACAAAUUGAACAUGUUAUGAUUUGUCAUGAUGAACAACCAGCAUGUUCUUUGGAAGGUCUUGGCCCAUCGAAGAGGGAACCAUAUGUUUGGUAUACAACUUAAUUGAGUAUUUAUUGAAUAAUUACAUGAGAACUUAUACUAUAAAUUUGAUUAUAGAAUUUACUGAAACAAGUUUAAAAAAAACUUAUUUUAACAAUCUAUGGAUUUGUUUGGAAAUGCAAUUUUUUUCAAUUAAGUGUGUAUGUAAUAACCAUUUUUACAUGAGGACAUUUUUUAUAAAUUUGAUCAUAACUUAUUUUUAAAAUAAACUAUGAAGAAAUUAAUUUAAUAAAUCAUAUUGAAAAGUUUUUUGAAAUAUAAGCUGAACGGAUUUUAUAUAGGAGAUAAGUUCUUUAUAGAUUCUUUCCUAAACGUCUUUUGUAUAAAAAAUAAUAUGAUUUUUUUUAAUUUACAAGAUGAUAGUCAUUUUUAUAAGUUCCAAGUAUCUUGUUAAUAGUUAACAAGGGCAAUUAGUACAUAGGUUGUGAGGAGUUUUAUGCGGCUAUUAAUGUGAAUGUUAAAGCAGAUUUAAUUAUGUUAUCAUUUAAUUAUGACAAAUGUAUGAAUGAUUAAUUUUAAUAAACUUGUUAAUAUAAUGAAUAUGUUGAUUUGACAUG